AUUGACGCCCAGGUAGACAUUAAUAUCACACACACACACACAGCACUAAACCAACUCAAGUGGACAGAGUGUAAAGAGGUAAAGACAGAGGCUGCUGGAACCUUUUCUGGAGAGUUAACCUGGGUGACCUUCAUCGCUAACACACCUGCGUCAGCUUCACUGGAGAUGUAGCUGCAGCCCUCCAGCCAAGCCACAGGAAGCGUCACCAUGGGAGAAGCUCAAAAGGGCUUACGCUCCGUGCUUAAGAAACUGAAGGGAUCCGCAGAGCAGGAGGUCAGGAUCGUGCUGCUGGGGUUGGACAACGCCGGCAAGACCACCCUGCUGAAGAGCCUCGCCUCUGAGGAUGUGAACACUAUCACACCAACACAGGGCUUCAACAUAAAGAGCGUUGCCUCUCAUGGCAUGAAACUCAAUGUUUGGGACAUUGGAGGACAGAGGAAGAUCAGGCCCUUCUGGAAGAAGUAUUUGGAAAACACAGACUUGUUGAUUUAUGUUAUUGACAGUGCAGACAAGAAGCGGUUUGAGGAGACGGGACUGGAGCUGUCCGAGCUGAUUGACGAGGAGAAUCUAAAGGGCGUUGCAGUGCUCAUCUUUGCCAAUAAGCAGGAUCUGGCCACAGCGUCACCGGCCAGUGAGAUCGCUGAGGGACUCAACCUGCACACAUACCGGGACCGUGAGUGGCAGAUCCAGGCCUGCUCAGCUGUGUCUGGGGAGGGAGUUCAGGAUGGCAUGAACUGGAUUUGCAACAACAUUGUGAAUAAGAAGAAGAAGAAGAAGUAAACCCAGACAACACUGACCAGAGAGUCAAACAGAGAACCUGCAUCACUUACGGGAUGAAAGACAACGUGUCACUUCAUUUAUAACACACCUCACUUAUGACAGAUCCUGUUCCCCUCACAUAUUUGAAUCCUAAUUUUGUUUUUACAAUUUGUGUCAUUUUUAUGAAUAUUUGGAAUUUCAAGGAAGUCUUUUAGGCAGUUAUCAAUCAAAAUGAAUGUGUUUGUCCCCUUAACCCGAGGAUUCUUGUCUGAUGAAUCUGUGUGUAGCCAUGUAGAACUGUUGGGGUUAGUCAGUAACAUAGACGCAGAGCAGUGUGAGUGUAAAGUAUAACAGU